UUUCUAUGAAGAGUCGAGCAGAUGGGAAACUCACACACCACAUCCACGGAGCCAUUCGGAGCUCUCCAUGCUUCUCAGUGGCUCGGGGCCGCACAUCGCAGAAGGAUAGCGCGAACUUUCAACCGGAGUUGGUGAAUGAAAAGCACAGACUGAUCCAGUGCGCUUGAAGCUCAGCUGAUCCUUCUCUUCUUCGUCAUCAUCAUCGUCAGCGUGUGCGUGUAAAGAUGGCGCCAGCGAUAGGGGGGCCGGUGGGCUACACUCCUCCCGAGGGAGGCUGGGGCUGGGCAGUGGUGGUAGGGGCCUUUAUCAGCAUUGGCUUCUCCUAUGCCUUCCCCAAGUCCAUCACAGUGUUCUUCAAAGACAUCGAGGUGAUCUUCAAUGCCACCAGCAGCCAAGUGUCAUGGAUCUCAUCAAUCAUGCUGGCUGUCAUGUAUGCAGGAGGACCUGUCAGCAGCAUUCUGGUGAAUAAGUACGGUAGUCGGCCAAUCAUGAUUGUUGGGGGCUGUCUGUCUGGCACAGGAUUAAUCGCCGCCUCCUACUGUAACACAGUGGAGGGUCUUUACUUCUGUGUGGGAGUUAUAGGAGGACUGGGUUUGGCAUUUAAUCUGAAUCCAGCAUUGACCAUGAUUGGCAAAUACUUCUACAAGCGUCGGCCAAUAGCUAAUGGCAUUGCGAUGGCGGGCAGCCCAGUGUUCUUGUCCACCCUUGCCCCGUUAAACAGCUGGCUGUAUGAUCAGUUUGGGUGGAGGGGCAGUUUCCUCAUUCUGGGUGGAGUUUUGCUGAACUGCUGUGUUGCGGGGUCGCUAAUGCGGCCCAUUGGACCAAAACCACAACCUGCCAGUCCAAAAGAGGAUGGCGAGCCCAAACCUCAAGAGAAAAAAACAUGCAUUCAGACUGUCAACAACUUCCUGGAUCUGACCCUGUUCAAUCACCGAGGCUUCAUGCUGUACCUGCUCGGAAAUUUCAUCAUGUUCUUCGGCCUCUUUACUCCCCUUGUGUUCCUGAGUAAUUAUGCAAAGAGUAAAGAGAUUUCCAAAGAUAAGGCUGCGUUCUUGUUGUCCAUCCUGGCCUUCACUGACAUGAUCGCUCGGCCGUCCAUGGGCCUGGUGGCCAACACUCGCUGGGUCCGUCCACGUAUCCAGUACUUCUUCGCCGCAUCUGUGCUGUAUAAUGGCGUCUGCCACUUGUUGGCACCACUCUCCACCGAUUACGUGGGUUUUGCCAUUUAUGCUGUGUUUUUCGGUUUGGCAUUCGGCUGGCUGAGUUCCGUGCUGUUUGAGACUCUCAUGGACCUGGUGGGCACUCAGAAGUUCUCCAGUGCUGUCGGGUUGGUCACCAUCGUGGAGUGUGGGCCUGUGCUGCUGAGUCCUCCGUUACUGGGAAAACUCAAUGAUGAUUACGGUGAUUAUAAAUACACAUAUCAGGCUUGUGGAGGCAUCCUGGUGAUUGCCAGCAUAUUCUUGUUCGUGGGAAUGGGAAUCAACUACCGGCUAUUGGACAAAGAGAAGAGGGAGGAGGAGAAAAGAGCUAGACAGGAAGAGAAGGAUGAAGAGACGAACAUAGACAAUGUCCUGAACGAGAAGGCAAGGGAGGCAGAUGGAGACGCAUUGGAUGCAUGAGCUGACAUUGCCGAAUGGAGAAGGGGACAUUAUCAUGUGGACAAACACCAACAAUCCAUGUCUUCGGGUUUUGACCGUCCAAAAGGAUAAACCCCAAUCAUUCCCCUCUAAUGCAUUACUUAACGAUUCAGCCAAUAUUUAAAACUGCACAAAGGUGUUACUGUCACUCUCCCGAGAUUCAUAUGAGAGUGUCUCCGUACCUAAUGUCACAAUUCACCUUUUCGUGGUAUAUAUUUUAACCAUUACGAGAGCAUUCCUAGGUUUUGACUCCAGUUUUUUGCACAUUUCAAAACUUUUAGAGUAUUAUGAUGUUUGACAUCUAAGGAAACAUGCACACAGAAUUUGGCAGUUGAAGACAUAGAAGAAAGAGAGAUCUUUGACUCUUCUUUCUGUCUUCCAUCUUAGAAAUAGUGUUUUUGGACUAAAGGUCAUUAUUAUAUGUAGGAAACACAUUUUAGGUUGAGUGUGAAGUUUUAUGUUUUACGAUGUGUAUGUAGUCUUACCUGUUCUGAUUGGCUGGUAGAAAAUACUGCCAGGCUUUGCUAGACUGCCAUAUAAAGGCAAAACACAGAAAUUAUAAAGUUUUUUGAACUGAUUUGAUAUCAACUUUUGUGCUCUGAACAUAGUUUAGGAAAUCCGGUCUGUCAGGGGACAGAUCAAAAACUUGAAUUCACUCAUGAAAUGUGUAACUACUGUGUUUUGCCUUUGCAUGGCAGAAGAAUUCACGGAUUGUUUAAUGUCUUUUUUGGCAGGCUGCUUCCUGCUCUGGUGAUAUCAUGAUCUCACGUUGGUUAUCAAACUCUCUACUCACUGUACUGUAACAUGAAGAUUUCUGUGGUUACCAUUUUUAGGAGCUGCAGCAGACACAAUAUUGUCAAGGUCUUGUUUUCAUCUGAGACACUUUGCAUGAAAAGUCUGCCAGAGAUGUGCUUCAGCUUCUGUUUAAUGUGGCAUUUAGUGAUGAUGAUGAUGAUAUCACUAGGGUAUGCUACAUUCAAAUAGGGGAUCCUUUAAAAAUUGUUCACUUGGCUUUUUGACCACAUUGUUUUUAAAUGUCUAGAAAUGGUUUUAAUCAUGGUUGCCAUUGCCAAGAGAUCCUGUGCCUUAAUCAAGUGCCUUUCUAUAAACAUGCAGGUAUUUGUAUUUAACAGCCAUACGUGUAACAAUACAAUUCCUGACCCAUUUUUUACAAAGCUUUUUGCAAUGACAGGAGGCUGUGUAGUGAUUUUAAUUUGAUAGCCUGCUAUUAAUUUGCUUUUUUUCUGUCAUACUAAGGGGAGAAUAGAGUGCUUUAUUUCCAAACUGAGCCAGCAACAAACGGUACUGAACUUGUGUUUGCUAGAAAUGAAGAAUUCAUAUCAAGUUCUGCUAGUGUUAGCUGCAUUCGCGUUUAUUUGCAAAACGAAGGUACUUAUUCUAUUUACACACUCAGAUAGGUGAAGGAAUAUUCUUGAAGUUUCCCAAGCCAUCCUAUUCCUUCUGCUUUGUAGAUUGGCCGAGAACGAAAACAACACGAUUCUCGGGUCUGCAAAAAGAUUUAGCAGAUCUUUAAUGUAUCAGUGACCGUUUUGGCUUUCUAGAGUAGAGUGAGCCAGUUUCAGGCGAAAACAUUGAAACAAAAGGGAGGAAACACCAUCACCUGAUGGCUGCUGUCGUUCAUUGUGAUGCCACGGUCAAAUAGGUGAAUCAAAGACGCUGGUUCACAAAAGUUUCUGUGUGUUUCAGCAAAGGAGUAAAUCUGUUGCAGUGUUGUUGUUUAGUCCCAGCAAAUGGCAGUUAUAGUGCACUUUAAUUAGGUACAUUUAAGGUAAAAUUUACACUCUUGAGUUUUGCACACACAGCAUUCACAGUGUAAGGCUAUUUACUUGACUUUUUUCCUGAGUAGAAAUGUAUCAGUGUGGGUCCUGAGGGAUGUGUGCUUGUGUACAGUUCUCUGGUGAUGUAAUCUCAGAGCUCGGCUGAAUAAUAGCAGCUUUGAGGCAAAACCGCAGAAAGAGAAUCAGAGCAGUGUUAAAGAGUCAUUUUCAGUGUCUCAGAGUAGAUCAGUAUCACUGCUCCGGCUGCACUUCUCGUACAGGAUCAGAGCUGUCUGAACUCCACUCCACUAUGUGUGCAGGUAGAUUUUUUUUAUUAGUGUUGGUAAUUGUGUGAAUGAAAAUACUGCUGUAUAGAGAAAAUGAACCACCCUGAGUAAAUGCAUUCGGUGUAUUCCCACUUUUUCUUGUGGGCCGGUGUAACAGAAGUGACACUAACCAGCGUGCUUUUAAAAUGUCUCCUGUCAGAAAGACAGUUGGUUGAGGUGAAAAGAUACAGGGGUAGGAAGUAUGUAUUUGUGUGUGUGUGUGUGUGUGUGCACAGAGAUUCUAUGCAAUCUCAGGAUUUCAUGGAUAAUUUAGGAAAGUGAGUAGAAUCUGGCCCUUAUAAGGUAUUCAGGGCAGAGGAAAAAUAACUGUAUUUUUU